AUGCGUAAAAGCGCCCUCCUGCGCCACGUGAAGUCGCAUCGUGUGUUUUACUCUUUCUUCGGUGCAUCCGUUGCAGUAGCGGUCUAUUCUUUCGCCGGACUGACUGCCAGUUCUGAAAUUCGUCGCGUUGCAGCGUUCCAGUUCCCGUGGCUGUUGGACUUCUACUACGUGUCUCGGGACAUAUUCCUUGGCGAUCUGAACGGCAGCAAACUCCGUGCCAAGGAUAGCGCGGUCUGGGGCCUGACAGAAACCGACUGA